UUUAUAUAUACACAUAUAUACAAUGGGUUUCAUUUGUGAUAGUGGUUGACAAGGAUAGCAUUAAUACAUUUUUAAACAUGUAUUUUCUUCAUUUGUUAGCGUUUAACAUUUUGUUAUUCCUGUAUGACUCACAUAGUUUCCCAGAAGGAUUCUGUAGCGGGCCCGAGAGUACACAGAUUUUGAGAAUAUGUACAGAGGACUGGAUGAAUGAUACAACGACUGCUUAUAUUGAUACUCUCGAUGCUCCUAAAUUAAGAAACACAUCUUGUGAAUGUCACAUAUCACGGAUUAGUCACAACGCUUUUUUGGUGUUCAAAAUGAGAAAUAUCACUCAAGGGUCACCAUUGAAAUUUGAAAUAAAAGGAAGAGUUCUUGAUAAAAUAACUAGCUCACAUAAAUUACGUAUCGAGGAAAACACUAAGCUUAUGUUUAUUACUAAUAUAACUCGGGAACAAGAGGGAGCUUGUCUCGCCAUCUAUCAAAAAAACUUAAAUCAAGAAGCCACUUUCAGUAUUCAUUGCAAAAAAGUUGUUACAACAACAACAACAACACCAACAACAACACCAACAACAACACCAACAACAACAGAAUCAACAACAGAAUCAACAACAGAAUCAACAACAGAAUCAACAACAGAAACGGUACCAGUUUCAAAUUUAACAAGUCAGGUGACUGAAACAAUGUCUUCUCUUUCAUCAUCAUCUAAAUAUCAUACAUUGUCAACACAAAAACAGAAGUCAACUGCUCAAACAAAAGUCGAUCCUGAAAAUUCAACAGACAAAGGAAGUAAUGGCAUUUUAGUUCCUAUGGUGUCCGGAUUAUUGGGACUUGGAUUUGGUUUAGCAAUUGGCUUUCUUGGCAUGUUUUUCUGCAAAAGAAUAAGAAAAACACAGACGGGAGAUGGGUCAACUGAACAAACAAAUCUGGCUAAUAGUCAGGCGAUGACAGAAAUUCCAAGGAACAAAAAUAUUGGUGAGACGCGUAUAAUAGAACAAAGCACGGAAAAGUUAUACAACCAAAUAGAAUAUGAUGUACAUGUUAUCGGGGUUCCAACAUGUUCGGAAAAGGAGAACCUGUCUGAUAAUGUAUUAAACUACAAGUCAGAUUAUGAUCACUGUGGUACUUUUCCAGCACCCCAGCAACCUAAAGGUUGCACUGGAGAAUACAGUGCAAUUAAAAGUAUCGUUGGUCAGGAUAAGCAAACAUCUCUUCAGGAUGAAGAGGAUUGUUCUACAUAUGACAGUACUGUAAAAACUACAACCAAACAUUUUCAGGAGAAUAACUUAUACCAUCAUUUGAGUCCAAAUGAUGUAAACAUCAACAAGCCUGAUGACACAUAAAAUAUAACUGGAAGUCCAGUAUAAAAGAUGAUAAAACGUCUUUGUACAGUCUUAAAAUAUGUAUCAGCUUCGUGUUAUGUUUUAAAUGUUAUACUAUUGCAUAACAAUUGUUAAUUUGCUACAUUUUCAAAAACAUUUAAAUGGUUACUUAUGAUUACAUUAUUUCAUAAAUAACUGUCUAUUUUUGGCCGGGUUGCACUGGUGCAAACCCGGGUUAUAGUAUGGUGAAUGUCGGGCGGCGGGCGUUCGGGCAGUGGGUGGCGGGCGGUCGGGGAAAAACUUUCGUUACAGUUUUCUCAGUAAAUACUUAUCACAGCCCCUUGAUAUUUGGCAUACAGCAUUGACACGUGGUUCCAUACCGUGGGAUUCGAUUUUAGGUCUGUCGCUCAUCCACUUCCUGUUUAUCGACUUAGUUAAAUAUUCAACAUAAAUGGUCAACGGUAGGAAAUUUUCGUAACAGUUUUCUCAGCAACUACUUAUCACAGCCUUUUGAUAUUUGGUAUACAGCAUUAACACAUGAUCCCAUACCAUGGGAUUUGAUUUCAGGUCUGUCGCUCAUCCACUUCCUGUUUGCCAACUUAGUUAAAUUUUCAACAUUAAUGGUCAAUGAUAGGAAAUUUUUCGUAACAGUUUCCUCAGUAAGUACUUAUUACAGCCUUUUGAUAUUUGGCAUACAUCAUUGACACAUGGUUCCAUACCGUGGGGUUUGAUUUCAGGUCUGUCGCUCAUCUUCUUCCUGCUUAUCGACUUAGUUAAAAUUUCAACAUUAAUGGUCAAUGGUGGGAAAUUUUCGUAACAGUUUUCUCAGCAAGUAAAUAUCACAGCCUCUUGAUAUUUGGCAUACAGCAUUGACACAGGGUUACAUACGGUUGAAUUAGAUUUCAAGUAUGUCGCUCAUCCUUUUCCUGUUAAUCGACUUAGGUAAAUUUCCGACAUUAAUGGACAAUGGUAGGAGGAAAUUUUUGUGACAGUUUUCUCAGCAACUACUUAUCACAGCUUCUUGAUAUUUGACAUACAGCAUUGACACAUGGUUCCAUAUUGUGGGAUUUGAUUUCAGGUCUGUCGCUCAUCCGCUUCCUGUUUACCGACUUAGUUACAUUUUUGACAUUAAUGGUCAAUGGUAAACAUUUUUUGUAACAUCACAGCCUCAUGCUAUUUAGUAUAUGAAUGCAACCGGGCCUUUUCUGUCUUUGACCCAUUUUUAAUAAACUGCUGUGGUGUAAUCAAGUUCGGCAGUAUUUUAUAUUACCUUUCAGUCAUAUAAAGAAUACGGCUUGUACAUUGAUUGUUCUCUUUGUAGUAUACAAAAGAAAUUUCAAAUACUUGAAAGGUCAUAAACAAUGUAUAAUCUUUCAUAAUAGAUGUAUCCUAGCCGAGGAUAUAAAAAAGAGAUAAAUAAUAUCCCAAAAUGUUCUCCAAUAUUGUACUGCCGUGGGAAAGCUAAAAUUGUAAUAAAUUAUUCAUCUUUUUAGUUAACUUAAAAUGUGUCUUGAUGAAACAUCUUCAUAUGCUGUGUCAGUGGCAUUUUUUAAAUACUUAUGCGUAUUUCAAAAAAGGAAAGUGUUACAUUAAUAAUAAAAGAUUAUAAAAGUAUUAUAGUAUUAUAAUUAAUAAAGUUCACAAAAAAACUCUUGUUGUCAGUAGACAUAAAUAGCUUGCGCAAGUGACUUCAAUAUAACAACUUCAAAAUCGAUAGGGGCCUCAUACAUGCCACGGAAAAUGCCCCUAGAAAGUUUAAUAAUUGAAGAAUUGACUCUAUCACCUAUUCAGUUAGUGGUAAGUAAAUGACGUCAAAAAAAAAAUCUGCACAUGGUCUAAGUUCGUAUUUAAUUUCAAAACUGAGCAUUAUUUUUCUUUAUUUUUUUCUGUCGAACACUCUUUUACUGGUCCAUGUCAUUGUGACCUGAAAUACAAUAGGUCUCUUCUUCUAGCCAUGGCCAACAUCCAAACGAAACCUUAACCGUUAGGUAUUAGUCGAACAAGAUUUCAGUGGUCAAGGUCACGAUGAACUUGACAUUUAACCUAAUGACAUCAAAAUAAAUAGAGGUCAUCUACUAGUAUUGACCAAAAGUAGUCAAUGCAAUUGUGACAUUAACAUUUGAUCUAUUGACCUAAAAUCCGUAGUUGUCAUCUAUCUAUUAGUCAAGACCAAAUUACAAAAGAGAACAUAAGCGAAGAAAACUAUUUCUAACUAU